CUCUAUGUCUACAAGACUCAUAAGCAGAUCAGUUUUCAAGAGUAUCCAGAGUAUAAGGAGUGUACAGUCUAGACAGACUAUAACAGGAAUAACAAGAGGAAUCAUGUCGGAAGCGAAAUUCCAACAAGCAGCUCAUAAGCUUUUGGUGAUCCCAGGACCUAUCGAAUUCUCCGAUGAAGUCCUUUAUGCCAACGCUACACCCGGUACAGCCCAUACCUCACCAGCGUUCAUACCAAUCUUCGGCGAUUGUCUUCGUAUGCUACGUAAAGUUCUUUUCGCUGAAGAACGUAAAGAUAAUCAAUCUUUCCUCGUUGCUGGUUCUGGUACUCUAGGAUGGGAUGCAGUAGGGGCUAAUUUGAUAGAGCCGGGGGAAGAAGCUUUGGUUUUAGCUACUGGUUAUUUUGGAGAUAGUUUUGCAGAUUGUUUAGAAGCGUAUGGAGCGGAAGUAACUAAGAUUACGGCGGAGAUUGGGGGUGUACCGAAUGAUGAGGAGGUUAUUGCUGUUUUGAAGGAGAAGAAGUUUAAAGUGGUUACUAUCACUCAUGUCGACACUUCUACCGGUGUUCUAUCACCAGCCGCCCAUCUGGCAGAAUUGAUCCACACUCAUUCCCCUUCCUCCCUCAUCGCACUAGAUGCUGUAUGUUCCGUAGCUUCUGAAGAAAUUCAAUUCGAUAAAUGGGGUUUGGACGUUGUCAUCUCCGCCACUCAAAAAGGUCUUGGUGCUCCACCCGGUUUGAGCGUAGUGAUGGUUUCUGGAAAAGCUAUAAAAACUUUGGAAGAACGUAAAUCUCCAGUUGGAGGUUAUUAUAUUAGUUGGAAAAGAUGGUUACCUGUGAUGAAAGCUUAUGAAGAGGGUAAACCGAGUUAUUUCGCUACUCCCCCCGUUCAACUAAUCUACGCUCUCCACGCAUCCCUAACCUCUAUCCUCUCCGCACCUCUUUCAGACCGUUUCGCAGCUCAUCAAGCCGCAUCGGCCUAUAUCAAAGAUUCUCUCACCUCACUCGGUCUUUCUUUUGUACCACUCCAUCGAUCCAUUGCUGCAAACGGUAUGACAGCAAUUAAAUUCCCUCCUGGUCUCAAAGCGCCUGACGUUUUGCCUCAUUUGGCAGAAAAGGGAGUUGUGGUAGCUGCUGGAUUACACAAAGCUAUGGCUGGGGAAUAUUUCAGAAUCGGUCAUAUGGGUAUCACUGCUGUACAGAGGGAAAGAGGAGAUUUGGAGAAAGUUGUAGGUGCUGUCAAAGAGGUUUUGAGUAAAUGACUAUCCCGGGAGAAAAAGAAAAGGGCGAGGUUGUAAAUAGAAGCCGAUCCUAUCUUGAUGAUCCUCUACAAGAGUCAUCUCCUUGUGAGGUCGUCGAAACGACAAGUGAAGAUGAGGUGAGGAAUGACAUGUUGUUGUUUCAGGGGAUGAUGAUCAUUGUUGAGAUAUGAGGAAAGCAGCGGAUGGUAAGUUGAGAAAGGCGAUUAUACCAGCGAGAUACAAGAAAAGAGAUGCCGGAUACUGCCCUUACUUGGGAGCAAAAGAAACAAGAGAGAUUAUAUGAAAAGAUGAGUUAUU